CUGUAUUUUGAAUUUGAAUCGAAGGCGGACGUGUCGGUGCCGCUAUGGAUUAUGUGUUUGCGGUGUUUCGGUACGAAAGCAUGUGUCUUAGCGAAUGCAGAUCAAUGAUUCGAUAGUGCCGUUGUUGGAUCGAAAAGUAAAUCAAAACAUUUAAAACGUUCGAUUUCGGUUAUUUCUGAGCCGUCGCAGCUGCGCAUUCGAUUCGCAAGUACCGUUAGUUCGCGCAGAUGUCGCAGCCUCCAAAAGUGCCAAUAAAGAAUAAUAACAAACAAAGACAAACAAGUGGUUCAAAAAAGUGCCAAAACGUCUGACACACUUUAGUGACUUGGACAGACGAUCGUUUCACUAAUUGCUGACACACAUAAUUUCCCUAACUGGCGAAAAAAAAGGAGAGCAAAUGUCGAGCGCAAAUUGAAUUUACGGUGGUGCCCCAUCAAAGUCAAGUCGGCCGACUCUAACUAAUUUAAUGAUCAAAAGUAACACAUUUUUUUCGCAUUCGGCGGCAGCCGCUGAGCGGUGUUAAUUGAAAGUGUCACGCGUCGUCUAAAUAAUAAUCUCCAAUCGACUGGUUUCGUCUAUGUGAGUGCUUGUAGUGAGUGAUGACAUUAAUUGGGUCAGGACGAUUGGCCAAAAGCGGCGGAUCCGCCAUGUCCUGGCUAGUUCUAGUGAUAACCCUGGGGGCGGCACAGGCUGCCACGCCCUUCGCGAAGGAGUACCGCAGUGCGGGACUCUACAAUGGAAACACCCUCGUCGAUCUGGACGGAUCCACCACCCUGGACUUGGGUCUCGAAAAGCCCACCAGCAGCAGCGGACUCAGCGGAGGAUUCAAGUCCGAGUCGUCGGUCGUUCUGCCGGGAAUGCAUCAAAAUUCAGGCUGCCCGGCGACGACGAGUUCCCACUGCCUGCGCUGCAACAAGGCGGGCUGCAUCAAGUGCCCCAUGUACCUGGUCACCGACACGAGGCAGUGCGUCGACCAGUGCCCCGCCGGCUACUUGGACCAGUGGUCCGCCCACACGGAGUUCAUGGGUCGCGUAUGCGUGCCCACCGGCUACUCUGGACCACUGAUGGCAGCGCUGGCGGGUCUGUUAGGUGGCUUCCUGGUCUGCCUCUCCCUGCUGGCGGUGGCCGUGAUGUUGGUGAAGAGGAAACGACGGCGGAAGUCGGUCAAGCAGAAGCUCAUCAACGAGAACACCAUGGAUCGGGCGGACUUCAUGCGGCAGCUGAACGAAAUGCGUCCCAAUGCGGAGUACUUCCUGGCCAUGCUGAACGACACCCGGCGGCAGAUCAGGAAGCUCUACCUGUCCGGCGAGGUGGCGGCUGCCAACUCGUACAGACCCAUUGUGCGGGACCUGGCCAAGCUGCUUAUCCUGCUGAACAGGCCCAUCGAGCUUAUUCCCGCCCCGCCGCCGGAUUGGUCCCGGCUGUACGCCUGGUCGGAGCAGGCCCUGGAGCGCUAUAAGCCGCAGGUGGGCCAGCUGAUCGACUUCUUCCAGGCCUCGCAGAACCACAACAGUGGCCACCACGAGGUGCUCUACGCUGCGCCGGCGAAGAAGAAGGCGCUGCAGCAGGCCAGCAUCUUCAGGCAGCAGGUGACGCCCACGGCGACGCCGCAAGGAGUGGGCGAGCUGAUGGCCGGCGACCGGAGCAGCAGCGCCUCGGCGCAGCAGAAGCUGCACCUGUUCGGCUCGCUGAUCAGCCUGCACGAGUUCGAGGAGCCACGGGCCUCGGAUCCGUUUGGGAGCAGCUUCAACACGCUCAAGAGCGGCAAUCUCAUCUCUGAUCUCAACGCCAGCUCGCUCUGGCUGGAGGACGAGUUCUACAAGUUGGGCUUUCGACCGCAGGACGAGAUCACCACGGAGCUGUAACCGCAUCACAAACACAGGCUCAAUGAAGCUUAAUCUAAAACGAAGUAUUAUCCCGGCUGGCGGCGCUAGUCGCUCGAAAUUAGCGCCAGUUCAGCUGGGAGAGCGUUUGCGUGCGCGCACAUUCCGCCAGGCCAUCAUCAUCUUUAACUCCAUCGACAAGCUAACUGGGGAGGCCGUUUAGCCGGAGCCGCUAAAUGCCCACGUUUAGAGCUUAGUUAGAUCAGUUAAGCAAGCAAAACUAGUCACGUAAAAUCACAAACAAAACCAUCAACACACAACGAUGCCGUGGAGAAGGAGCAAAUGCAAAUGGAAAUCGCGUGGAAAUGAAUUUAGUUUUAUGGAUUUUACAAAAAUCGCAACAAUCAUGUAACGAACAAUAUUCAAUAUACACACUAUAGAGAUACUAUUCAGAUAAUAUUUAAGUUGCUUAGCGGUAGGAAAGCGAUACUUAUAGUUAUAGCUUACGUAGACAGAGAUUAUAAAGCUUAGUAAAUACGAAAUGGAUAAUAAAAUCGUGUGCCUUAAGAGUGUAAAA